UACAGCCUAACCCGUGAGAGAGGUAAACAGGUAAGAAAAUCUCCCUGUGAAAUUCUUUGCCAUCACAGAAACUGAUUCGAUUGCUACCUGGAACAAUUUUGAGUAGGCAAAGAUGCUGCUUUCGCUCGUUAUUUUAUUCGAUUGCUACCUUCAACUUAAACCCUUAAUUAAAAAACUAGAAUAAAAUCGUGGGUUUUCGUUUUCUCCUUCUCCUUCCUGCCUGCUUUUCAAGUCUCUGAAAACCUCACUCUCACUCUCACUCUCCCUCCACAAACCCUUUCCCUGCUGCUUGCUUCUACUGCCUCACUCAAAAAUGUUGGCAGCUAAAACCCUAAUAAACCCUUCUCCGCCCCUCAAUCUCCCGAACAAACUCACCCUCCGUCGUCCCAAACCCCCAUUCUCUCUCUCAAUCCGCAACUCGCUCUCUGACUCACAAGCCCCAACCACUCCGGGUCAGCUCCGAGUCGACAUCCUCUCCGAGUCUCUCCCCUUUAUCCAAAAAUUCCGAGGCAAGACCAUCGUCGUCAAGUACGGCGGCGCCGCCAUGAAAUCAGAGUCCCUCCAGGCCUCCGUCGUCAACGACCUCGUCCUCCUCUCAUGCGUCGGCCUCAGGCCCGUCCUUGUCCACGGCGGUGGGCCCGAGAUCAACCACUGGCUCAAGCGCCUCAACAUCGAGGUCAGCUUCCACGACGGCCUCCGAGUCACCGACGCCGCCACAAUGGAGAUCGCUCGGGUGGACCCCACUGUGCUGUGGUCGAUCGUGAACGACGGCCACAUCCCCGUGAUCGCAUCGGUGGCGGCGGACGAGACGGGGCAGCAGUACAAUAUCAAUGCGGACACGGUGGCGGGGGAGCUGGCGGCGGCGCUGGGGGCGGAGAAGCUGAUUCUGCUGACGGACGUGGCGGGGAUCUUGAGCGAUCGAAACGACGCGUCUAGCUUGGUGAAGGAGAUUGACAUCAAGGGAGUGAAGAAGAUGGUGGAGGAGGGGACAAUUGGUGGGGGUAUGAUACCAAAAGUGAAUUGCUGUGUAAGGUCUUUGGCUCAGGGGGUGAGGACUGCUAGCAUUGUUGAUGGGAGAGUGCCCCAUUCUUUGUUGCUUGAGAUUUUGACUGAUGAAGGAGCUGGGACCAUGAUUAGUGGAUAGUUAAAUGCUAAUUGCUUUGAUUAAGAGUGUAGUUGUUUAUGAAUUUGAGAGAGAAUAUUGAGAGCUCUGUCAUCCCAUAAUUUGCAAUAAUUAUCAGCUGCUCUAAAAUUUUACUAUAAAUUUA